CGCUAUGCUAUACGCUAUGCUAUGCGCUAUGUACGACUGUCAUGGUUGUAUGAUGAUUUGAAAUCAAAGGAGCAAUAGAUUGUUGGAAAAGGUUCGAUAUUCACAAUGCAUAAUUACGAUUUUUGAAAAUCAACCGAUCUAAUAAUGGCUGGCUUGGAAAAUUAUGAAAGAGUGUAUCGAGGAAAAACCAACAAGUAUUGGGAAACUGAUAGUGAUUACUCGUAUUCAUAUCACGGACGAGAGGUUAUUCGUCCUUUAGAUGUACCCGUUUUACAUCCCCUAGCCGAAGAUAGCCCUCCUGCCGAUGAUCUUACAGUAAAAAGGUACAUCGGUGCAGGUUGUGGUCUAGCAAGUUUAAUUACGGAAACUCUAUUAGUUCACCCCUUCAUUGUUCUAAGAAGACAAUGUCAGGUAAAUCCUGGAUCGAAUGUGUAUCACAUAAUACCGAUUACUUUGGUUCCUGUAGUUGUGCGUCUUCAUCAGACUCAAGGAAUAAAUACUCUUUGGAAAGGAAUUGGAUCGGUCUUACUCGUUAAAGGAAUGAUGUUAGCUAUCGAAGAUUUCAUUUCUAAAAUAACGCCGUGGCCAAAAGAAAUAACACGGAAUAGUUCGUUAAAAGCAUUUGGUCAGCACGUUCUUCUGAAAUGUGUGUCCAUAGGCCUGACGACACCAUUUUUCUCAGCGUCGUUAGUUGAAACGGUACAAUCUGAAAUUGCAUCCGAAAGCCCUGGAAUACUAGAUGUCUUUCGAGAUGGCGCGAUUCGCUUAGUCGAAGUGAGCAACAAGGGUAGAUUAAUUCCUAUAUAUUCGCUGCUACCGCCAACUAUCGCUUACGGAGUUUCGAAAUAUCUUUUUACUUUGGCUGUUUCCCGAGUUACCAGUCACAUUAUGCAGAUUAGGCAGAUUAGGCAGAAACAUUCUCAAGAGUCACGAGGUGCAUAUAGCAGAGUGUUGCUGUCCGAGGAAGUUAUACUAGAUAUAGAGCUACAAUCUACUCUGAUUUCUACAUUUGUGGCAGAAGUAUUGUUUUAUCCUUGGGAAACGGUGAUUUACAGACUUCACCUUCAGGGUACGCGUACCAUUAUCGACAACUUGGACACUGGUCGUAGCGUAACGCCGUUGCUAACUGGAUAUAGCGGUGCAAGGGAUUGUUACGGUACGAUCGUUUCUACCGAAGGCCCUCUUGGUUUGUAUAAAGGGUUUGGUGCUCUUCUUUUGCAAUUUGCUGUAGAUGUAGUAAUAGUACGGGUGAUCAAAUGGAUCGUUACGGAAUUAGCUACGGUAUUAAGACCGAAACCAAAAUCAGCUCGAAAACCGGCACAUUGGGAUUCGAUGUACAACGUAAGAGGGGACUAACAUACGUGCUUUAUUUUCAAAUUGGUUCAAUCUGGACAUUGCUGUUCGUUUAAUUUUUGCGUGCACUGCUUGUACAGUUAUUAGUCCAAGAUUAUAUACAUAUAUGUAACAUGUGCAACAACGAAUCGACUACUCGAUAUUGGCAGUGAUUUUAUUUCUCGUUUCGUUAUGCACUUUGAUGAGCUAUUAAUUAAUCAAACUUGAUACUUGUUCACGAAAAAUGAAAAAAGAAAAUUUCAAAUUUAAACAUUGCAUAAAAUGAAUAUAUUAAAACCGAAAAUCGCGAAUAUAAAAGAUAUUUGUUUGUUGAAACAUACUAGAUGCAAGAAGUACUCUAUGUAUCUGUUGUGUAUUACUUGUGAUUUAUUGCUAAUAAAAAGAUAAAUGUAUCGGUGUUCGAAGCCGA